AUGUUCUUUGGAUGUAAGUAAACGUAUUUGAUUAUUCCAAUGAAAAGAAUAUGUUUUUGUAAAGAAAUAAUUAUACAAUGAUAUAUGUAUGAAGUAGUUAUCUUGGUCUAAUUGGAAGUAUUUUUAGAUGGAGCAAAAACAAAGGUCAUGUUUGGGACACCAGGUAAGUAAGUUUGGAAUAGAACAAAGACACAAAUAUAAAUUAUUCAUUGGGUGUGAUUAGACAAAGUUCAAGAGGGGAAGGUUGAAAUAAGACCAAAUCUGAAAUGACUCGGAAAAAAAGUGCAUGGGUAAUGUGCAAUGGAAAUAAAUAUAUUAAAGCACCCGUUUUACACAGUACUACAAGGAACACGAUGGAAGAAAAUACAAGCCUAGGCUAAUUCAAAAUCCGAUCCAAAUUGGCCAAGAAACGUCAGGGAUGUACAAACUUUUGCAACGGCAAAAAAUUUCUUUGACCUAUAUUGACCGGUCGACUAAGGUUAGAUUUUUGAACCUCCUGCCCUAUUAGGCUUUGUCACAAGCUUUUUCAAACAGUAGUAUCCAUUUUUACGUAGCGCUCGCCAAAAUCUAGGAAUCGAGAAAUCAUGCAGAGUAGAGACGCUUUCGUAACGGCGCGCAGAAACGCCCAUGAAAGACUAAAAAUUACAUUUUGUCGUCUUAAAAUUAGACAUUGCACUUUAGAAAUAAUAUCCGAAAAAUUCCAAGAGUUUGGGUAAAAAGUAAAAGUUCAAGCACGUAUGAUGUGGUAAAGUUUCAGAGAAGGAAACACAAGAAACACGCGGUUUUUGGGCAAACCUAAUCUUUGAAAAUUAAAAGUGCAUGGAACGAGUCUCAAGCAAAACUAAUAACAGUAAAAGUCGUUGACAAUUUUAUACAACUUUUGGACAUCAAACUCCCAUACAUAAUGAAAAAUUUUAAAGAUACCGAGCGUCAAUUUUAGGUCAAAAAGACCCUCUAUACAGCAAAGCCUUUCUACAGAAACUUUAUUUUUUUGUCACUUGCGACUCCUUACAGAGAUUUCAGUGUAAUCGGAACAAUUUUCAAAAUCGAAAAAAAUGAUUUCAGCCCAAGAAAUUUACCUUCAAACCCGGUUAGACGACGAAUAUAUUUACCUAAUUACUCAAGAAUGUGUACGGAAAAAUCUUUGUUAUGUCAACGACACGGUGAAUUAUUUUGUGCCAAGGUGAGUCAUUAUUUUUUCGAUAAUUUUAAAAAAAUGUAGUCUACAAGUAGGAGGAAAACAAGACUAGACUAGAAUAGACUAGACAUGGUCUAUAUUAAUAAUAUUUAGUGCAUCGUAUGUAUAAUAUAACUGUGACGAGUCAUAGUAAAUUUACAAUGAUUGGCAUGGAAAUGGAAAAAAUAUUAAACUUUGUCUUAUGAUGACUAAAAUACAAAAAUUCAAAUCUCUGCUAUUGCAAAUUUUUGCAAUAACAGAGAGUAGAAAUUUAUUGGAGAUAAUAUGAUACAAGUCACAUUAAAAUGGCAGUAAAAUAAAAGGCAGGAAAGUUUAAUUAAAACUUUUUAUUUGCGUAUAUUUUUUAGCCAAUCAACUACAUUCUCCACUCAAAUGAAAAUAUUCGAAACAACCCGACCUCAUGCGAUUGGGACGUGGGCUGAAGAUGUUGUUCAGGUAUGUGGCGAUAAGCAAAAAACACACAAAAUUAGCAGCAGGACAAUUUCUCGGAAGGGCAUUGGAAAAGUUGUGGUCUAGUUUCUUGUUCCUGUCCUUUGACUCUUCUCAUUUUACCUUCAUUUUAGGGUAAAAUGCAUUUUUGAGAUUCUGUAAUUGCUCGUUAUCGAUAGAUUUUGUCGCACAGAGUUUGUUGUAAAGAGAUUUUAUACUUUUUUCAGGUCUCCACAUUCUCGCAAAAGCUUCGAUUCGGUCUAGUUGAGAAAGCUCGUUAUCUUAUUCAAGGCAACGGAGUUUUCGGUUUGAAAUGGUCGCGAGAGAACAACAAUCACAUAAACCAGCUGCUCAGGGACUACAGGUAUCCCGUCAUUGGAAUUGGGUUGCUUGUCGGUGUUUCCGAGGCCUAUCCGUAUAAUGGGGAGCUAAUCCUUGGAGGAGGGUCAAAAUUGUGUCAAGGAAUUUACGAAUUUGUGGAUAUUAACACACAAAAAUACGAUGGCUGGAUAUUUGAUGUAAAAAGGUAAAAAAAAUUAUAAACAGUGUAGAAUCCGGCCAGACAAGCCUUGGCAGCCCUCUAAAAUCUCAAGUGUAACACAAUUUUUUUAGGUUUAUUUUCGGCGAAGUUACAGUAACCUCCGAGAUCCCGGUGACUUUCGCAUUAGGCCAGGAAUUCACAUUGUUCCCAGACGAAUUGUUCACGAAAAUUGUAAACGAAUUAGGCGCACGACAAUCCAAUUCACAGCAAGCUACCUACUAUGUACGUUACAAUGGAAUCGGAUUCCCGAUUAUGGGCUUCGAAACGAAUGGAAUUAUAUUAACCAUGAGGCCGAAGGACUAUCUGGGAAAGGUGGGUUGA